GAGACAGGAUCCCAGUUCGACCAGGCAGGGCAUGUUCCCUUCAAGUGGACAGCUAGGACCCCAGGAGGCCGAAGAGGAUCCCCCCAUGAUGGAGCCCAGGACCGAGAACGAGGAGGAUGAUCACUCGGUGAUGAUCGACACAGCCCCUGCAAUGUCCCCAGAGCCAGCAGGACCCGCUCUCCUGCUCAGCAACCCAUCCUGCGGCCUGGCUGAUGGCCUCCCCUCCCCCGGCCACCGGCAGGAGCUCUUCCCGGCAUGGCAUGGGCCCCUACGGGUGGCCAGCAGCCUGUCUCUGGGUGCCUUCAUCUACACCUUCCUGCGAGAUGUAGUGCAGCCGUACGUGUCCUCCAGAGACAACGUCUUUUACAAGGUCCCCGUGCUGGUGGCGAACAAGAUGUUGGCUGACGUGGCGCUCACGCUGCUGGCCCUGGUCUACCUCCCCGGCGUGCUGGCCACUGCCUGCCAGCUGCUCCGUGGCACCAAGUACCGGCCCUUCCCGGCUUGGCUGGACCACUGGAUGCGGGCGAGGAAGCAGCUCGGCCUUCUCAGCUUCUUCUUCGCCGGCCUGCAUGCUCUGUACAGCCUUUCCUACCCUAUGCGCAGGUCCUACAGAUACAAACUGCUCAACUGGGCCUACCAGCAAGUCCAACAGAAGAAAGAAGAUGCCUGGGUCGAGCAUGAUGUUUGGAGAAUGGAAAUUUACGUCUCCCUGGGAAUCCUGGGGCUGACCCUGCUGGCCCUGCUGGCUGUGACCUCCAUCCCCUCUGUCAAUGACUCUCUGACCUGGAGGGAGUUUCGGUGGAUUCAGAGCAACUUGGGGACAGCAUCCCUCCUUGUGGGCACGACCCACGUGUUUGUCUUCACCUGGAACAAGUGGGUGCACCCAAGCCAGUUUGUGUGGUACACUCCGCCCACCUUCCUACUCAUUGUGCUCCUCCCGUUGGCAGUCCUGGUGGGCAAAGCUAUACUGGCCCUCCCGGGUAUCAGGUGGAGGGUCCAGAGGAUCCGGCGUGGUUGGGAAGACCCUGCCCACAAAUUGCCAGAAGACGUGGGAUCCAGACUGUAGAGAGGUCGGAGGGCAAGCAGGUGGACUGGUGAUUUUCCUGGAUUAACUUAGUAGCGAUGGGCGUCGGUCAGUUCAUUUCAGAAGAUACGGUCCUUUUCAACCCUCUGGUUUUUUUCCCAUUUGUUUGGAUCUGGGGAGACAUAACUGAAACACAGAUGCUUCCUUUUUAAUUUGGCUCAUCAUCGUCACCACCAUCAUUGAGAGCAUUUAAUGGGAACUUACUGUGAACAGAGCGCUUUAUAGGGUGCCCAUUGUAGACAGAGCGCUGAACUGGGUGCCCACUGUGGACAGAAUGCUGUAUUUGUUGCAUAUUGUGAGCAGAGCACUGUCCUAGGCACCUGCUUUGGGCAGAGUGCUGUCCUGAGUACUUGGGUUCGUCCAAAAGGAGGAACAAGCGUGAUCCCUGCCCCCAGGGAGCUCCCGAUCUAAUGGGAUGGUAAAGAACGAAUGUGUCUCAUGGGGGCUGGCAUUGACAUUUUCUAGUCUGCAGGGCAUCUGCAAUCUGUUGAUAAAAUACCUGUUUCAGAAACCA